CAUAUUUAAUGACUUCUUAUCUCUAUUGAAAUGAUACGUCAAUAUCAAGUAUUAAUUGUACGAAUAUAGGAAUGGAAUCCAUCAAUCUCACCGACAUAUCAUUUAAUAAAAAAUUUAAAUGGUUAAAUAAACCUUCCAGUUAUAAAUUAGAUGGAGAUGUUCUUAUAGUGACGAUUGAUAAUAAAACAGAUUUUUGGCAAGAGACGUGGUACAACUUUCGUGUUAAUACUGGCCAUAUUUUUGGCGCCGAAAUUAAAGGAGAUUUUAGUUUAGAAAUAUGUGUAGAAGCCGAUUUCACGACUCUCUAUGAUCAAGCUGGGCUGAUGAUAUAUGCUGAUGAAAAACAUUGGCUUAAAGCAGGCAUCGAGUACAAUGACGGCCAGCCUAUGAUAGGCAGCGUACUCACUAGAGACUUCUCCGAUUGGUCGACUGGUGUAUUCACAGAGGAUCCACGCAAGUUCUGGUUACGUAUGACUAAAGUAAAAAACGUUUUAUGCGUCAAAUACUCAGCUGACAACACAACAUGGCGUCUACUUAGACUGUGUCCCUUUGCAGUCGAUAAAUAUUUGGUAGGUCCGAUGUGUUGUUCGCCGCAGAGGGAAGGAUUGAUUGUUAAAUUCAGUGAGACGAAGUUCAGUAAACCGCCGGAGGAUAUAUUACAUUCAAAUUAAGUUAAAAUCGUAACAAAUAAGGCUAAAACACAUGAUUGGUGGAUUUGAGAGUUAUAUACCUUACCUUGCAGGGAUAAAGUUGAGAAUUUACUUAUUUAAGAAAUACUAACAGUUUAUAAAGUCUUUUUAAGGAAAUUGAUUGCUGGCGUAAUCAUAUAGUUAUAUUUUAUUCAAUAUAUAAACAAAAUAAAUUUAAUUCUCUAUUAAAGUUAAAUAACUUCUAUAG